AUGCCAGCCUCUCCAUGUCCCAUUGUGGGCUUUGGGCCUCGCAGCGGCAGCUGCAGCACUUCAGGAAACAUCAAAUCACGCGGUACAAGUGCGAGUGUGUCUUCCUUUGGCAACAGCCCACUCACACUAGAGAAGGAGAAGGGCCUGAUAUCAUCUAUGAUUGGCUCGUUAUUCACGCCUUCGCAAGGAAAUAUGGCCAGUGUGACUACCAAUACCACGAUCACUAAGGCCGAGGCGGAACAGAACGCGUUGCACAGCUUCAACUUCAGGCCGAAGGGUUUGCCGCCCAAGAACCCUGAAGAAGUGGAGAAGCAGCGUAUCGAGGUAGACCGCAUUCACGCCAUGCUGAUACAGAAAGAGCUGGACGAAGCCAAGAAGAUGGAAGCGAGAGAGCAUGCCAUCAUGGUCAAUGUGGGCAAAUGGAAGGUAUGGCAGAGAAGGCGUGAAGGUUCAUUCGAUGAUGCGCUCGAGCAUGUCAGUAGUAGUGGUGGUGGUAGUGGUAGUAGUGGUAGUAAUAGUAGUAGUAGUGACAGUAAUAGUGGUAGUAGUAGUCGUAGUCGUAGUGGUAGUAAUAGUAGUAGUAGUGGUAGUGGUAGUGGUAGUGGUUGUAAUAGUAGUAGUGGUAGUAGUAGUAGUAGCAAUAGCGGUGUCUGUUUUCGUGUACACUUUACCAAUCAAAUUUCGUUUGUGGUUGUAUUCCCACAGAUCUAUCUGCAAUUAUGUCAUCUUUUCUCCUGA